AUGGACGCAAGAUCGUGGGCAACUGCUGUCAGCGAAGACCUCCCCAUCAAUAUAGCGCACGGGGGAAAGAGGGUCGGCUCUGGCGCUACAUCUCGACGGCUGGAGUUAGCUGUGCAACCAAAGGAUCCAGCUUACCCAUCACUCAGUCUGAGCAGUUUCGAUCUGCAAUCAGCUCGUGUCGAGAUUAUCCUAGCUAGUGAUAGCGUGCUGGAGUCAACUGUAACGAACUCGAAGCAGCGUACCAAACAUGCCCGCGCAGACUUGAUCGACUACCGCUCGACAGUCUGA